AUGGCCUGCUGCAGUGCCCCUGUUCAUGGCUUGCCCGACAGUCUGUUCGGCCCGGAGGUUCACUACAAUGAGACCACGGGCCUUAUGAACGGAUCCAUCAGGAUCGCAGUUGAUGAUGAUGAUCUUCUGGGCGAAGGUGGCUUCGCAGAGGUCCGUCCAGCUUCGCUACCUGGAGCAGAGGCCAUUGUGGCUAAGAUGAUAGACAAGGGAGACGAAAAUCACCACUUGGUCAUCGAGGAGGCCCGAGUUUGUCUGCAGCUCCGCCACCCAAACAUCGUGGCGUGCUUUGGAGCGGCGCAAACUAGCGGGUAUGCAGUGUUGUUCUUCGAGAGGAUUGAAGGCUGCACGCUGGCCCAAUGGGCUUAUAACUACAAGUCCCUUUACAAGUACAAUCCGCUCGAGGAGGAUAUCCAGCCACUCAUGUGGCAAAUUUUUCAAGCACUGCACUACCUUCAGACGAAAUGUUUGGUUCAUGCCGAUCUGUAUGAGAAUAACGUGAUGAUUGCGGAGAAGAACAAGGCUAUCCUCAUCGAUUUUGGGUGGGUGAAGACCUUCAACCCAGAGAAACCGGGCAUGGAGAGAAAAAGUGACUAUGCGUACCCUCCGGAGAUGGUAGACAAACAGCUUGGUAUCGACCACAAAUGCGACAUCUUUUUGUGUGCCAGUAUGUUCUACGAAGUUCUAUUCAACAAAGGUCCUUUUGGCGUAGUUGUGGGCGUUAACGUACCAGACCAACUCAAUAUCGUUCGGGCUGGUAUGUGCGAAGAGCCAUGGACAGUUUUCGUAGGUCCCGAGCGCUCCUCGCAGCCACUUCGCGAUCUUCUCCACCGCUGCCUGGCGUACGACGCAAAUGAUAGACCAUGCGCAGCGGAUGCUCUGCGCUUCGCGUGGUUUGACUCAGGAAACUGGACCAAGCUAGUGCCUAAGCUAAGGGAAUACAAGAGCUACACGCCACUAAAUCACCCGUCGCAAUUGGAGCGCACCGUUGUUGAAAACCUUAGUUGCGCGUGGGGACUACCGAAAGAUCAUGUCAUCGACAAUAUCUUAUCGUAA